UAUUCCGCAGAACCCUGAGCUCUUGCAUCUCGUCAUAAUAAUACUCGACAUAAUAUUUCCGAUACUCUUGCAAAGACACAACUUCAUACAAUUAACUCACAAUUAAACAAAAUACCAAAACACACAGAAAAGAUGUCUACACCAAGCGACCUCCAACAACUCCUCGACAUGGGCUUCGGCAAGGAAAAGGCCGAAAUUGCAGUCAAGAAGACUGGUGGAUUGAACGGAGCUCUACAAUGGCUCGAAGACAACCAAGACAAGAGCAUCGAAGAGAUCCGAACUGCAGAAGCUGCAGCAGCACCAGAUUCCGACGAGACAAACCCCAACAUCGAGCCCGCGCCACUCAAGGAUGGCGAAGAGGCAAAGUCGAUGGUUUGCACCGAUUGUGGCAAGAAGUUCCGUUCGAUGAUGCAAGUCCAGUUCCAUGCCGAGAAGACUCAACAUGAGAACUUUGAACAAUCUACAGAAGAAAUCGCCCCCUUGACUGAGGAGGAAAAGCAACAGAAGCUCGCAGAGCUCCGCGAGAAGGCGAAGGAAAAGAGGGCAAAGCAGGCCCUUGUUGACAGAGAGGAGGCCAAGCGCAAUGAGCAAAUCCGCAUGAAGUCCACGAAGGAAGUCUCGGAUGCCAAAGAGAAGCUGGCGAAGGACCAACAGAUCAAGGAGGCACAAGCCAAACGUGCCGAGAAAGCCGCCGAUGUUCAGGCUAAGAAGCGCAUCCAAGAGAAGAUCGCCGCCGAUAAGGAGGAACGUCGCUUGAAGGCCGAAGCUGCCAAAGCUCUUCGCGAAGGUCGUGCUCCUCCAGCACCAGCAGCAGCUCCAGUAGCCGCCCCUGCGGCUUCAUCCGGCGCUCCAAAAGUCCACACCGAAUCUCGAUUGAGAUUGCAAACUGCCACCGGGGUCAUGACUAAGACCUACCCGGUCGAUACCACUCUGUUCGAAAUCGCCCAGCAACUCGAGGCCGAGCUCGGUUCGGUGACCAGUUUCACCAUGACUUAUCCCAAAAAGACCUUUGAAGGUCCAGUGGAUUUCGGGAAGACCUUGAAGGAGGCCGGGUUGAUUCCUUCUGCUGUCUUGAUCGUUAAAUAAAGGUCAGACUAGAAGGGGGCAUUGGGGAGAGGCUGGUGGCGUUGACGGAACGAAAACAUGCAUGGUUGGUGUUUGGGCGUGAUGGCGUGGAACGAUUACAUGUAGACUUUAUCGAAGAUACUAUUCUUCCUUUGGAGCAUCUUUUAUACAUAGUACAGUAGGCACUUUAUAAGCCAAAAAGCAAAGCGGAAUUUGAAUAUCAGCGAGCAUUUUCUAAA